AUAAGCAAAUACCUUGACGGAAAGCUAUACACGCGAAAGGCUGUACACACUGAGCCGAUCAUAAUGAACAGUAACGUUAAUAAAGAGAAGCGUGCAGCAUUCGUUACUUCAUUGAAUGGCUUUAUACAAGCAGGCAAACAAAUUGUAUUCAUCGACGAAACGAACUUUAAUUUGUUUUGUCGCCAUACUAGGGGUCGCUCCAAAGUAGGUCAUCGUGCAAUUCAACCACUUCCUGCAGUAAGAGGACCAAACAUACACUUAGUUGGAGCUAUUUCUGGUUCUGGAGUUGUAUCUAUGGAUAGACAGCGGGGUCCGUUUAAAAAAGAUACGUGUGGUGCGUGGAUAGCCACUGUGUUACAGCGAUGGGAAGGGCAGGGAAAUAACUUAGCUGAUUUGGUAAUAAUUUGCGGCAAUGCCCCAUGCCACUCUGCAAUAGAGAAUGCCGUGGCUAUCAAUUCAGGUGGGCGGUCACAAGUUUUACGCCUAGGCCCAUAUUCGCCAAUGAUGAAUCCCAUAGAAACUAUAUGGGCUAAAAUAAAAACGUACGUGAAAGGUCACAUUGGAGUUCCCAUUGUAGAAGGACUAAACUUAGCAGAACAACGUCUACAAUACUUGGAAAAUUUGGUGGACGAAGCUAAAUUAACAAUAACUGGUGGCGAUUGCGCACGAGCAUUUCAACACUCAUCAUCUUUUCAUACAAGUGCUGUAGCUUUAGAAGAUAUGCUGAUUGGCACUUAA